CAUGGCAUAUCCCAAUCAAAUUGUCUACCUUCAAGGCUUAAACACAACCACGAAACACCAAUCCUCAACACACAAAAUUCUCUUAGGUUUCACCCACUAAACCAUAACUCCAAGAUCUUCUUCAAAAUCCUAAAUUUCUAAGAACCCUUUUGUUGUUUUUGUUUUUCUCGAGAGCAUUUUGGUUUUGAACUUCAAUUUCAGACCCAAAUAAUGGCUUGUGCAUUUCAUGCAACUUUAGCAGCAAACAGCUGUGCCUUUUCUUCCAGGAGAUUCUCCUUGAAGCAUCCAAAAACCAGUAAGAGAAGGUUUGAUUUGUUCACUGUUAGAGCUGACUCUGAUGACUCUGACUGCAAUGACGAAGAAUGUGCCCCGGAAAAGGAAGUUGGAAAGGUCAGUGUGGAAUGGCUAGCCGGAGAGAAGACAAAGGUAGUUGGUACUUUCCCACCACGUCGUAAGCCGGGUUGGACCGGAUAUGUUGAAAAGGACACUGCUGGGCAGACAAACAUUUACUCUGUUGAGCCAGCAGUUUAUGUGGCAGAAAGUGCUAUAAGUUCAGGAAGUGCUGGCUCUUCUUCUGAUGGAGCUGAGAACACUGCAGCAAUUGUUGCAGGCCUUGCCCUGAUCUCAGUUGCUGCAGCAUCCUCAAUACUCUUACAAGUUGGUAAGAAUGCUCCUCCUCAGAUCCAGCCAACUGAAUACACAGGGCCAUCACUUACUUACUACAUCAACAAGUUCAAGCCACCGGAGAUUACUGAAGUGUCCGUGCGUAGUGAGGCAGAACCACCGGCGGCCGUUCAACCAGACUCGGCCACUGAUCUUUCCCAGGUUCAGGUCGAAGCUCAAAUCCAGCCAGAGACCUCGGAUGUGAACAUUCAAUCAUAGGUGUAUCAGAUGGUUGCCACUUUUGCUACAAAGACACAUCAAAGAAUUUAUUUUUGUGUCAACAGUAUGAGCCAGUGUAUACAUAUAUAACUCUAAAGAUUAAUGGAUGCAAAUGUUUCUGUUAAACAUCAUUCUUGGUAUGCUAGUGUUUCUUGUUUA